AAUAAAAUUGAGUAAAAUAAGGAGAGAAAGAUUUCACCAUAAAGCAUUUGGACAUUUAUUUAUUAGUUUUACAAUACUUUUUAGCUGGAAUCAAACAAGGUUAAUUUGGUCCUUAUUGUGGUUUUUAAUACCGUAUUUCUUCUUCCUCCCAUAAAAGCUGGUAUGUGAAAAUCGGAGGGGGAGGGAGAGGAAAAAGAAGCACACGAGGGAGGAAGGAAGGAGGGGAAUCUGAGGACUUAAUUGUAACAGAUUGUGUGUGGCGAAAAGAAGAAGAAGAAAAAAACCCUUAAUGCUACAUUUGCGUAUUUCAACCGAGUGGAUGCUUAUUAAUAUUACUGCGUGGCUUGUUUUUACAUGACUCAGUGGGAAAGGCCGGUGUAAUUGUGAAAUUGCGAGAGAAGCAGCAGCAUCCCGAAGUGGUGUCUUAGCAGGCGAGGAAAGUAAGUGCGUUGUUAUUAGUUGACGGAUCGUCAUCCUCCGGCCUGCUGAGGAGCGAAGCCGGGAGCUGGAGUUUGCAACAGAGGAACCACUAUGGCGGUAAACCUUGACAAGGAAGCGUACUACCGCCGGAUCAAGAGAUUAUACAGCAAUUGGAAGAAAGGAGAAGAUGAAUUUGGCAAAGUCGAUGCUAUUGUGGUGUCUGUUGGAGUGGACGAGGAAAUUGUGUACGCCAAAUCCACAGCCAUACAGACCUGGCUGUUUGGCUACGAAUUGACGGACACCAUCAUGGUGUUUUGUGACACCAAAAUCAUCUUCCUCGCCAGCAAGAAGAAGGUGGAUUUUCUCAAACAGGUGGCUAUAACAAAAGGCAACGAGAAUGCCAACGGUGUUCCGCCCAUCACCCUGCUCACCAGAGAAAAGAAUGAGAGCAACAAGGGAAACUUUGACAAGAUGAUCGAGGCAAUCAGGGGCAGCAAAGAAGGUAAGACGGUGGGGAUCUUCAGCAAGGACAAGUUCCCCGGGGAGUACAUGAAGAGCUGGAAUGACACGCUCACGGCAGAGGGACUGGAGAAGGUGGACAUCAGCGCUGUGGUCGCGUACACAAUGGCGGUGAAGGAGGACGGUGAGCUUGGCCUGAUGAAAAAGGCAGCGGCCAUUACCAGCGAGGUUUACUCCAAGUUCUUCAAGGAGCGCGUCAUGGAGAUUGUCGAUGCAGAUGAGAAAGUGCGUCACAGUAAACUGGCAGAGUCUGUGGAGAAGGCCAUCGAGGAGAAGAAGUACCUUGGUGGUGCCGAUCCGUCCACAGUGGAGAUGUGUUAUCCUCCCAUCAUCCAGAGCGGAGGAAACUACAGCCUCAAGUUCAGCGUGGUCAGUGAUAAGAACCACAUGCACUUCGGUGCCAUCACAUGUGCCAUGGGCAUCCGCUACAAGUCGUAUUGCUCCAACCUGGUGCGAACUCUGAUGGUGGACCCCCCUCAGGAGAUGCAGGACAACUACAACGUUCUCCUGCAGGUGGAGGAAGAGCUGCUCAAAGAGCUCAAACACGGUGUGAAAAUCUGUGACGCCUACAACGCCGUGCUGGAGUAUGUGAAGAAGGAGAAGCCAGACCUUGUAGCAAAGCUGACCAAAAACCUCGGCUUUGCAAUGGGAAUAGAGUUCAGAGAAGGCUCCUUGGUUUUGAAUGCUAAAAACCAGUACAGACUGAAAAAAGGCAUGGUGUUCAGUAUCAGUCUGGGUUUCGCUGACCUCGUGAAUAAAGAUGCUAAGAAAGAAGAGCAGAAGAAGUACGCCUUGUUUAUUGGUGACACAGUACAGAUCAACGAGGAGGAAACUGCUACGAUACUUACACCAGUCAAGAAAAAGAUAAAAAAUGUGGGGAUCUUCUUGAAGAAUGAUGACGAAGAAGAUGAGGAGGAAGAUGGCGAUGAUGCCGAAGAGCUGCUGGGGAAAGGAGCUCGGAGCGCAGCGCUGCUCGCGGACAGAACCAGACUACUUGGGAAGAAUGAGAUGACGGCGGAGGAAAAGAGGCGGGCUCACCAGAAGGAGUUGGCCAAUAAUUUGAAUGAAGAAGCCAAGCGCCGUCUGACGGAGCAGAAAGGAGAGCAGCAGAUUCAGAAGGCCAGAAAGUCCAACGUGUCCUAUAAGAACAUCUCUCAGAUGCCCAGAGAAAAAGACAUCAGAGACAUGAAGAUUUUCAUCGACAAGAAGUAUGAGACUGUCAUUAUGCCCGUCUUUGGCAUCGCCACGCCGUUCCACAUCGCCACCAUCAAGAACAUCAGUAUGUCUGUUGAAGGAGACUACACCUAUCUGAGGAUCAAUUUCUACGUCCCUGGCAGCUCCUUAGGGCGACAGGAGGGAAAUAUCUUCCCUAACCCAGAUGCCACAUUUGUUAAAGAAAUCACGUACCGAGCGUCCAACCUGAAGGCUCCUGGCGACAUGUCGGUGCCCUCCACCAACCUGCAGAACGCUUUCCGCAUCAUCAAGGAGGUGCAGAAGCGCUACAAAACACGGGAGGCUGAAGAGAAGGAGAAGGAGGGCAUCAUCAAACAAGACUCGCUAGUCAUCAACCUCAACCGCAGCAACCCCAAACUCAAAGACCUCUACAUCAGACCCAACAUCGCACAGAAGAGGAUGCAGGGCUCACUGGAGGCACAUACUAAUGGUUUCCGCUUCACAUCAGUCCGCGGUGACAAAGUGGACAUUCUUUACAAUAACAUCAAACACGCCAUCUUUCAGCCAUGUGAGGGGGAGAUGAUCAUUGUACUGCACUUCCACCUCAAGAACGCCAUCAUGUUUGGCAAGAGGCGUCACACGGACGUCCAGUUCUACACUGAGGUCGGGGAGAUCACCACAGACUUGGGCAAGCACCAGCACAUGCACGACAGAGAUGACCUGUACGCCGAGCAGAUGGAGCGGGAGAUGAGGCAUAAGCUGAAGUCAGCGUUCAAGAACUUCAUUGAGAAGGUGGAGACGCUGACUAAAGAGGAGCUGGAGUUCGAGGUGCCCUUCAGAGACCUGGGGUUCCAGGGCGCCCCCUACAGGAGUACCUGCUUGCUACAACCCACAUCCAGUUCCCUUGUCAAUGUUACUGAAUGGCCGCCAUUUGUCGUCACUCUGGACGAGGUGGAGUUGGUCCACUUUGAGCGUGUGCAGUUCCACCUUAAGAACUUCGAUGUUGUCAUCAUCUACAAGGACUACAACAAGAAGGUCACCAUGAUCAAUGCUGUGCCCGUCAAUUCCCUCGACCCCAUCAAGGAGUGGCUCAACUCGUGUGACAUCAAGUACACAGAGGGAGUCCAGUCCCUAAACUGGACCAAGAUCAUGAAGACCAUCGUUGAUGAUCCAGAGGGCUUCUUUGAGCAGGGAGGCUGGUCUUUCUUGGACCCAGAGAGCGAGGGAAGUGGUGCAGAGGAAGACUCAGAAUCCGAAAUGGAGGAUGAAACAUUCAAUCCAUCUGCAGAUGAAGAAGAGUAUGAGGAGGAAGACAGUGAUGAGGACUACAGUUCAGAGACAGAGGACUCUGUAGAUUACAGCGCGUCACUGGGCAGCGAGGAGGAGAGUGGUAAAGAUUGGGAUGAGCUGGAAGAAGAAGCCAGAAAAGCUGACAGAGAGAGUCACUACGAGGAUGAAGACACCUCCAACAGGAAGAGAAAAGUCCAGUCAUCAGCUCCACCCAGCAAGAAGAAGCGACGGUCCUAAACAUCUGUCUCUCUCUCUCUCACACUCUCACACUCACACACACACACACACACACACACAUACUGCCAAACCUAGCUGGCCUUCGACCCUUCCUUUUACCCCAACUGGCUCUUGUGGUUCAUACACUUCACACAGACACACACGUGUAUACACAUGUGUAUAUAGAUGUAGAAGCCCCUUAUUUUUAUGUUGGUCAGUGAGGUGUCACGUUGAAUUGGUAAGAAAGAACCAGCAGGACGGGCACACGUACUUCAUUUAUCAUUUCUUUGUUUCCACCUCCCAUCUCCAUCUAUCCAUCAUCAGGGUUUCAUGUGUGUGUGUGUGUGUGUGUGUUUCAGUGUGGUGUUUUUUUUUUUUUUUUUAAAUGCCAGCACUGUUCAUUUUCUGUUUAAAAGAUGUUUCUUAACUAACAGAUAAUAAUAAAAAAAAAAGAUGACAUAUCAUUUGCCAAGUGUUUUAUAUAAAAACUGGGAAACGUACCAUCUCCUGCACAUCUUUGUCUGUUUCAUUAUUCAGUGUUUGUUAAAUCAUGGCGGUUAGAUGGAACAUUUUUAGUUUUAGGGGGGGUGAAUACACUGAUCUUCCCCUCCCCUUUUAAUAAAUUCGUCAAUUUUUGCAGCCAGACGCGUGCGCACACACACACACACACACACACACACAAGUCUCCUUC